AUGGCACUCUUACCAGAGAAUAAUUGGGAAAAACACUUAGAAAAUUUGCCUUCAUAUAAGGAAUAUAUAAAAUUGGAUAAUGAGGAUAUUAAGGAUUAUAGCGAUGAUUUCUGUGUAAAAAAAUUAGAAAGCACGAAAGAAGAGGAUAUAGCACUUUGUAAUAAGGUAUCGAAGCAUUUAAAAAGAUUAUCUGGUCUACCUGAUAAUGAACGUAAACAUGGCUGUUAUUAUUUUCAGUACUGGCUCUAUGAUCAGAUAAGCAAAAAAUAUAGUGCUGAUAAUAAAAUUAAUAACAAACAAGUUAGUGAUAAACUUUUUGAUUUAGUGGCAACAACCAUUUUGAAAUCUCCUAAUUUGGAACCUUGUCGAUGUUAUGAAUCUGGGACACCGAGUGUUUGGAAAGAAGAAAAAGAUUUGCAUGAUUAUUUUAAAAAUCACAAAGAUAUUGAUUGUACGAAAUCUGAUAAGCCCACGUGUGAAAAAUAUGAGCGUUAUGUUACCUACAUUAAUAAGUUAUAUGAAAUAAAAGAGUAUGAUUGUUGUGAUGAUGACGAUUUAUUGGAUCCAUUGUGUGAACCUUAUAUCAAUUGUAAAAGUCAGUAUAGACCUGAUGAUUUAUUAACUAAAUUAAAAAAAGAUCUCAAGGCAUUGGAAGCAAAAGAAAAGGAAGUGCUGAAAGCGGUGGGAGGGGGAGACGCACCAGGUGCGGUGGUAGUAAAUAAAGCCGCAGGACGUGAUGUGCCAGGAAGUGGUAGGCCAGGAAGUGAUGGACCAGGAAGUGAAAAGAACGCGCCGGGAAUUGCAGGAGCUGAAGAAGGGAAAGAUCUACCGGCAAAACCCGUAGCGGCAAAACCUGUAGCGGCAAAACCUGUAGCGGCAAAACCUGCAGAGGAAGAACCCCUUGCGGCAAAACCUGCAGCGGCAGAAUCUGGAGGGUCACCCCCUGAAGUUGCAAAACCUCCAGCGACAGUAUCUGGAGGGACCGAAUCUGGAGUGGGAAAGCCUGCAGAUGUAAAACCAGAAGGAGUAGAACAACGAGCAGUGCUAAAACCAGAAGUGGGAAAAGAAGAAACGGUAGGACCUGCACAACAAGAAGCACCACCACCACAACCUUCCCCACGAGCACCUGCACCUACAGAACCUAAAGAGACAUUAGAUGAACCGCAAGUACCUGAAGGGGAAGUGGAUAAAGAAGAACCUGAAGAAACAGCAGCUGAAGAUGGAGUAGAUGAAGUAGCUGAAGUAGCUGAAGAGGAAGAAGCAGGACCGUUAGAAGGUGAAGAGACAGUCAUUUUGCAAGAUACAGCAACCGUUAGUGCCCCAUCAGUACAGGACUCUGGAGCGGCUGUUCAUGUAGCACCAUAUUAUACUCCUGAGCUUGCAGGUAACGGAGCUCCUCUGACCAAUGUCGAUGCCCCUAGUGCUGUAGGAACUAUACAUGAAGAGUUAGACUCAAACUUUUUUCGUAACGUCAUCAUGGCCGUUGCAGUACUUGGAACAAUUUUCUUCCUUUUCUACUACAACAGGUCUUCUCAAUUAGAAUCAAGUUAUCGCAAAAAAAAAAAGAAAAAGGGAAAGAUAUUUGAGCAUAAUUACUACGAAGAGUAUGAAAAGGAGUUAGAAAUGUAUGGUUCUGAGGAAACGUUUUUAGAUUCUGAAACGGAUCGAUUAUACUUGAAUUACCACCCUGAUCAAGACUCUUACUACUAA